UAUUUCUCAAUGGACACUUUUCAUCAACAAACCAACAUACCUAAAGAAUUCAUUUAUCCCAAAGAAGACUUAAUACAAGCACAAGAGGAGCUAAAUGAGCCAAUAAUAGACCUAGUUGGAGACAUCAAUUCUGUGUCCAUGCUUGUCAAAACAGCUUGCUUGAACCAUGGAUUCUUUCAAGUUAUAAACCAUGGAGUUGAUUCUAAAUUAAUUAACAUGGCUCAUGCUCAUGUCAAUCAUUUCUUUAAGCUUCCAUUAGAAGUAAAAUUAAAGGUUCAAAAACAACAUGGUAGUUUGUGGGGUUAUUCAGGUGCCCAUGCAGAGAGAUUUACUUCAAGAUUGCCAUGGAAAGAAACAUUAUCCUUCAAUUUUCAUGAAAAUGGUGGCUCUAAUAAGAGUGGUAUUGUUGUUGAUUUCUUUGAAUCUUCACUUGGAAUAGAAUUUGAACAAAUGGGAUUGGUGUUUGAGAGAUACUGCAAGGAAAUGAAGAGAGUAGGACUUGUAAUCAUGGAGAUACUUGGUAUAAGCCUUGGUGUAGAAAAAUGUUACUACAAAGACUUUUUCAAAGAUACAAGUUCUAUUAUGAGAUGUAAUUUCUAUCCAACUUGUCAAGAUCCUAAUUUAGUCCUUGGAACUCCACCUCAUUGUGAUCCAAAUUCAUUGACAAUUCUUCAUCAAGAUCAAGUUGGAGGAUUGGAAGUCUUUGUUGAUAACAAAUGGAAAUCAGUCCAACCUAGGCAUGAUGCACUUGUCAUCAAUAUUGGUGACACUUUUACGGCAUUAUCAAAUGGAAUAUACAAAAGUUGCUUGCACAGAGCAAUAGUUAAGACACAAGUUGAAAGGAUAUCUUUGGCUUUUUUCUUGUGUCCAAAGGAAGACAAAGUGGUGGUACCCCCACAGCAUCUUCUUGUCUCCAACUCAAGAAUUUAUCCGGACUUCACAUGGUCUGAUUUGCUCUAUUUUACACAAAAUCACUAUAGACCUGAUCAUACUACUCUACAAAACUUCACUCUUUGGUUCCUUUCUUCUAAGCAGCCAUAGCAAAAAAUAAAAACAAAUUAAAUGUAUAUC